UGCCACCAAUAAACUUUAUCAACUACAUCACUAUUUUCCACCUCCUAUCGUCAUAUUUCAUUCUUAAUUGUUAUAUAGAUGAAAUAUAUGCUAAAUGGGAUUACGCCGAGCUUGGACCAGAUAUGUGGUAUCAACAAUUUCCAAGCUGCGGCGGACAGCGACAAUCACCCAUUAAUAUUGUUACCUCCUGUACAACUUACCAACAAUUUCCUCCCUUCCACUUCUCACCUGCCUUCUCCGAGCGACUCACUUUCACUUUGCAAAACAAUGGUCAUACAAUUGUUACAGCCUCCUACAGUGACAAAUUUCCUCUCUACCUCAAUCGCAGUGAUCUGGGUACCUAUUCAUUUGACAGCUUUCACUUACAUUGGGGACAAAAUCCAAAACAAGGUAGUGAACAUUAUUUGAAUGGUAAUAAAUAUGCUGGCGAAGCACAUUUCGUACAUACGAAUAAUCUUAAGAGUCACAGUAUUGUCUUGGGAUUUUUUAUUAAUGCAGCGAACAUUAGUACUGUAACGACUCAGCCACCGCAACAACAACUCUGGUAUGAGUACACAGAACAGGCAGUUAAACUCCAAAACGUGAAUGAUACAGUCGGAAUAAGUACAACUUUAUUAACACUGAUGAAUGAAAAUCUAACAGAAUAUUGGCAGUAUGAUGGUAGUCUAACAACUCCACCAUGUAGUGAAAGUGUUACAUUUGUUUUAUUUAAAAAACCAAUUGAUUUUUCAUUUGAAGAAUUAAAGGAGCUGCAUGAUGUUAUCUAUAAACAAGAUUUUCGUGAACCACAACCGAGAAAUAAACGACGCGUUUGGCGUAGUUAUGAUCCAAACGGAGAAGAUGACAGUGUACCACCGGUGAGAGGUGAUGAUCUGUGUUGCAGUGAACAGCCGUCUUCGAAUGGUGCUUCGCGUUGGGCGGCAACUGAACCAAACAAUGAUGACUUUUACAUUAGUUAUACUCUAUUUACAGCAAUUGUCUUAUGUACUGAUUCGCUCAUGUUUCGAUGGCCAUCUUCACCGAACAAUUUCGAUAACGCUCGUUGUGCAAUGGCUGAGAGCAAGAGACAGCUUCAUUAUGGUGCACAGAGUCGAGAAACGGGUUAUGAAAAUUGUCAUUCGAAUCGAACACUGUUUUUGUAUACGCCAUCAGAUCGAAUUAUUCGUACGGUCGGUGAUCGUUCUUUAUGUCUGAAAAUUGUACGCGAGUCCAUCGUAAAUGAUGUCUUCUUUAACGUGCAUGCCGUUGAAUAUAACUCAACUAAUAUAGCCAAAUUUGUUUAUAACUCAACUUCACAUCUUAUGAAAUGGAUAAAUCCAGCUAUGAACCGACAUUGGUGUUUACAAGGUGCUGUCGUUGGUGUGCUUCAUGCAACCGAACGAUGUGAUCCAAUAGAUGCUCGUAGUUGGGAACGAGAAAUGCAUGUUCACGAAAUUACUUAUGAUGAAUUGAAAGAGCAGACAAUGCGUCAUAUGGAUAUAAAAUUGAAAGAAAUGAUUCGAUUAAUGGCCGAUUUAAAAUAUUUUGCAAGUGUGGAAUUAGCUUGA